GCACCAAGACUUUCUCUCCUUAUACUUCCUACUGAAACACUCCUUCAAAUUACUUCCUACCUUGGUAUUAUUCACCUUAAACAACUUUCACUUACUAACCGUUUUCUUUGUACUUUAAUUUCCCCAUACAGGUUUAAAUCUGUAAUAGGUUAUAACAUUUCUCUAUUUUUUUUACGCACAAUUGUUCUUAAGUAUGGGCAAUACUUUAAGAGUUUGACUCUUCAAGGACAAAUUUCACAAGAAUUUAUCAACCGACUUGCUGAUCUGUUGAAAAUUUUAGAUACUCAUUGUGAUCGUCUCGAGGUUUUUAAUAUUAUAGUAUAUGAACAAACACCUGGAAUAUUAGAAUUGAAUCCACCUAAUUUCACUCAAAAACUGUAUAGAAAAAAGUUAAAAUUCUUAAGGUUUACAUGUUCUACACCAUUAAUUACAUAUCUGGCACCGAUUUAUUUCCCACCAAUUGAACAUACUUCUAAAAUUGAAUAUUCAAAUUUUUCGAUUCAUGCAGUAAUUCAAUCAGUAUGGUCGCUUAAUCAUUAUUCUGAAUUAUAUGGUUCGCAAAUAACACGAGCACAUUUAUCAUUCGAAGGACUUUCUAAUAUAUGGAUUUCACAGUUAAUAGAUACUUGUAAUCUUUUGCAGGAAUUAAUUUUAGAAAGAAUAUAUAAUGAUGAUAAUAUAGAGAUUACUGAUUCUAUUUUGAAUGAUUUAUGUACACUUUCUAAUUUAACUUCUCUCGCGUUCAUUUCAAACUGUGAUGUUGCUCUCACAAGGUGGUUCACUUGUACAGGUUGGAAGAGAAUGUUGAGUGGAACUCCUAAAUUGGAAAGAUUAGAUAUAUCCGGACUUGGUUCGUAUUUUACUUGUCAAAUUUUGCCAUUGAUUGCCGAGAAUUAUAAAUCUCGGCCUCUUUGGUGA